AUACCUGUCAAGUUUUGGAUUGAUGUUGUGAUCAAUAGUAUUUUCUGCAGUCAGAAGGCGUAUGUAUAAUAUUAUACAUAUGUACAUAGUAUGUAUGAGUAUGUAUCAUCAUAGUAUGAUGUUUUUUUUUAGCAGAAAUGCCCUUUCUCUGUUUGCAUCCAUCCAUCCGUCAUUAGUGACAUUCCAGUUGUGAGAGGCACAGGAAUGUUUUUUAUUUUAAUUAUAAUGUAAUACAAGAAAUUUACAGGAAAUGCUAAUACGGGAGGACGGCGGGAAAGAGGGGUUAAAUGUGGUAGACCAAAACGGGAUACUUAACAAGAUAUGAAAUACACACGGGAUAGCACGGUUUGACAGGGCAGCAGAAAUCGACAGAACACCGGACGGAGCUGUUAGGAGCCUUGUUAACUAAACUAUACUGUGGGGUGGCGUGUGUUUGUGUGUGAGAGAGAGUGUGCUCUGAGUGAGUCUCUGUCAGUGUGUGUGUGAGUGUGUGUAAGCUGCGGGUGGAGACUGCCAUGGUUCACAGGGAGCCCGCCCAGCCUCAGCCUCACUGCUGGCUGCUGGAGUGACCCGCCCGCCUGCCAGCAGCAGCAGCAGCAGAGCAACGUGUCACCGCCUCGGUCCGCUCCGGACCCACAGCCCGAACUCACACACAGCGGCUCCGCGGAGAAGCGCUGCUGCGGAACUGACGCUCCAGAAAAAAGUAGCCACGCGAAGAAAAGCCUGAGCCACCGCUUUUGAGAGGGUGUGGGAGAGGAGGGACUCCUGCCUGCAUGGCAUACACACUGGGGUCAGGGCCCAACGCUGGCCCCGCUAUUGGCCCUCAGCACUGCAUUACAAAAGUGGAGCUCUCUGUGUCCUGCACCAGUCUGCUGGACCGUGAUGUGGCCUCCAAGUCAGACCCCUUCUGCGUGCUCUUCCAGGAGGUGGAUAGCAAUUGGGUGGAGCUGGGGCGGACAGAGACGGCUGUGAAUAAUUUGAACCCGGUAUUUGGAGACAAGUUCCAGGUGGACUACCAUUUUGAGGAGGUCCAGAAGCUUAAGUUUGCCCUGUUUGACGAAGACAAGUGCAGUAGCCAGCUGUACGAGCAUGACUUCCUGGGAGAGUUCGUCUGCACACUGGGAGUGAUUGUGUCCAAUAAAAAGCUUCACCGGCCUUUAACCUUGGCCAACGGCAAGCCAGCGGGGAAGGGAGCCAUCACAAUAACAGCCCAGGAGUUAUCAGACAACAGAAUAAUUACCUUGUCAAUGUGUGGAAGAAAGCUGGAUAAAAAAGAUUUCUUUGGCAAAUCAGACCCUUACUUGGAGUUCCACAAACAAGGAGAGGAUGGUAAAUGGAUGCUGGUUCACAGAACUGAGGUAAUAAAGAACACUUUGGAUCCAGUAUGGAAACCCUUCACAGUGCCGUUAAUCUCCCUCUGUAAUGGCGAUGUGGACAGGAACAUUAAGGUGCUUUGCUACGACUAUGACAAUGAUGGCGGCCAUGACUUCAUUGGGGAGUUUCUGACAACUGUCACCAAGAUGAGUGAAGCACAGAACUCAGUAGAGGUGGAGUUUGAAUGCAUUAAUCCUAAAAAACAGAAGAAGAAAAAGAACUACAAGAACUCUGGAAUCAUCAUCCUGAAGUCAUGCAAGAUUACGAGGGAUUACUCGUUCCUGGACUACAUCCUGGGAGGCUGUCAGCUAAUGUUUACUGUUGGCAUUGACUUCACAGCCUCAAAUGGCAACCCUAGGGAGCCGUCCUCUCUACACUACAUCAACCCGCUGGGCAGCAACGAGUAUCUCUCAGCCAUCUGGGCUGUGGGACAAAUCAUACAAGACUAUGAUUCAGACAAAAUGUUUCCUGCACUUGGAUUUGGGGCUCAGCUCCCACCUGACUGGAAGGUGUCCCAUGAAUUUGCCAUAAACUUUGACCCUACCAAUCCAUUUUGUGCAGGUGUUGAGGGCAUCGUUCAGGCGUACUCAACCUGCUUGCCUCAUCUCCGCUUUUACGGUCCCACCAACUUUGCCCCCAUAAUCAACCACGUGGCCCGUUUCGCCUCCCAAGCCCUGCAGCAGGACACAGCAGCGCAGUACUUCACGCUGCUCAUCAUCACUGAUGGUGUGAUCAGCGACAUGGAUGAGACACGCCAUGCCAUAGUGCAAGCUGCCAAACUGCCCAUGUCCAUCAUCAUUAUCGGUGUGGGCAAUGCCGACUUCGCAGCUAUGGAGUUUUUGGAUGGAGACAGCAGUGUGCUGCGCUCCUACACGGGAGAGGAGGCAGUCCGGGACAUAGUGCAGUUCGUCCCAUUCAGGGACUUUCGCAACGCUCCGAAGGAAACUUUAGCCAAAUCAGUAUUGGCCGAGCUGCCUCAACAGGUCACACAGUAUUUCAAACAGAGGAACCUGUCGCCUAGCAACACAGUGCCGGAGUAAAAGCUUGAGGCCUUGGGUUCACACUGCAUGUUGCCAAAAUCUACUGUUUACAAAAACCCCUUGACCAAUUUAAAGGACAAAGCGCAUGCUUCUUUUCUAUAAAUAAUUGUUUUUAAUAAAUAAAUGUUUUUAUUUAUUGGUUGGUUAACAUUAUACCACCUUAACAGUCAAAAAUGCUAUGUAAGGUCAUUUUUUGUGUCAAACACUAAUUGCUUCUGUAAUAUAUGAGAGAAGGGAAGAGAACCUUUGAUUGAAUGUAACUUUAUACUUAUGUUCUGUGUUUUAAGAGAUGUAUAGUAACAGAAGUUUUCUGUACACUUUUCGUAGUGCUUUGUAAUUUGUGUUAAUUGUAUAGUAUCACAGUCAUGGUGAUGUUCUUGCUUUUCUACAGUUUAGUCAGUCAAUUAUGUUACAGUACUCAGGUCAAUAAAUUUCAACUGAAGUGUUAA